CUGCUGCUCACAUGUCAGUGAGCCAAACCAAGGACAUACUAGACACGUGACAGAAAUGAGCGGAAGUACUUGCUAUUUAGCUCGGCGGCUUUUCGAAACAAAAGCACGAGAGUCAAAAUACUCUGCAUAAAGUUGGUGGAAAAGUCGGAUUUCGUGCAUAUUUGGUGAAUGUUAUUAAAUAUUGGUAUUGUAAAGGUAUAAAGGUCUAUUCAAUAAGCAAACAGGCAAAAUAAAACAGAUUAGCAGUUUAGUCUUGUACUUAUGAGAGGCUGAAAUGUGCCUUGCUAUCAUUAAGUAGGAUUUAACCCCUUUUAAAGCAGCGCUCAUUGACAUUUCAACGAACCAAUAUCUGUUUUGGAUUUGUAAACGAUUUUUAAUGACAGCCAAUAACGUAGUGGCGGGGGAGGGAUCAUAAAGCAUCUCGGUGCCAUUGGCACCUAAUGUGCAAAUGGCUAGCGUAAGCUUUCGGUGUAUUAUUUCCUAACAUAGUUUGUUCCUAGUAAUACAGGAAGAAGGGUGGACAUGGCAGUCGUCAUCGGUUGACAUUUGUUCUUUAGCUGUUUCAUACUGGAUAGAGUUGGGCUAAGGUAGACACAGACUAACCGAUAGAAUAUCGUUGUUAGGGGUAGCUAACUUCUCCAUACACAUCAGCUGCCUCAGCGCUGUAUGUGCGGUAAUACAAUGUCCGCGCCUUUGCCUGCUAUUGUGCCUGCUGCCCGCAGAGCCACUGCAGCGGUGAUAUUUCUGCAUGGCCUUGGCGACACUGGGCAUGGCUGGGCUGAAGCUUUCACAGGCAUCAGGAUACCACAUGUGAAAUACAUCUGUCCUCAUGCUCCCACCAUGCCUGUUUCUUUGAACAUGAGAAUGUCCAUGCCUUCUUGGUUUGAUAUUUAUGGGUUGAGUCCAGAUGCAGGUGAAGAUGAGAGUGGUAUUAAAAGAGCGUCAGAGAACAUUAAAGCUUUGAUAGACCAAGAAGUGAAGAAUGGAAUACCUUCACACAGAAUUAUCCUCGGGGGAUUUUCGCAGGGUGGAGCGCUGUCUCUCUACACGGCUCUGACAACUCAGCAGAAACUUGCUGGAGUGAUCGCUCUAAGCUGCUGGCUUCCUCUCCACAGCUCCUUCCCUCAGGCAUCUGCCAAUUGUGUUAACAAGGACGUGCAUGUCCUGCAGUGCCACGGGGAUGCUGACCCCCUGGUCCCCUUUAUAUUUGGCAGACAGGCAGCAGAGAAGAUGAAAAGCCUCAUCAACCCUUCCAACUACACUUUCAAGUCGUAUCGGGGUGUACCUCACAGUGCCUGUCCAGAGGAAAUGGUGGAUAUCAAACAUUUCAUAGAGAAGCAGCUUCCUCCCAUCAGUGCUAUAUGAACUCAGGAGUGUCUGCACAGCUAGACGCUAUCAUCAGAAUCCUUUGGAACUGACUCCAGUGAGACCUGGUGGGCUCGAGGACUGACAUGAUGAUAAAAUCAUGCUGCUAUUUAUAGAGCCAGACAGGACUGGGGCUGCUACACGUCAGCCUGGGAGCCGCAUGACUUAAAUGAUGUUACGUCCUAACCUGGAGCCGCACACAAUCCUCAGUGUUACAGUAGAGUAACACUAGUUGCUUGAUUGUAAAGUAACUUGCUAUUAAGAUGAGCCAUUAUCUGCAGGAAACGUAUGUACUGGAAUCAAUAGGGCUAUACUUUAUGGUUUAAUACGUAAUGUCUCACAAUACAUGGCCUGUUGUUAAAUGCUUUUAAUUAAUGUAGUUUAUCUGUAGCAGUACUGAAAUGUCCUGAUUUUCUCAGUUUUAAAUUAUAAUUAAAAUAAUAAUGGUG